GAGAAACUCUACCCUUACUGGUUUGAGAGAGAGUUGAGUCAUAUCCUGUGAAUGUGAAGCCACGGUAUUUAAGCAUCACGGGUUCCUCUUUCGUUCCGAGGGGCUGCAGUUCAGAGCAGUGAGUGCUCUCUGUGGAGAGGCUGUUAUUGGCCCUUGGGGGGUGAGCAGCCUCUCUCGUGAGGAUUUGGGAAAGAGAGCCAAGUCUGAAUAUGCAGUUGUCUCACUGGAAUGAAAGAUGUUCUGUUUAUUUCUAAUCAACGAUGCUAGACACCUGCAAGCUCAAAAGUGCCUGCAAUUUGCCAUUUGUUUACAAUAAGAAAAUAAAUACUGCUGGAACCAGUAAUGCAGAUGUCCCCUUGGCUGAUCCCGGAAUGUACCAAUUGGACAUUACAUUAAGAAGGGGUCAAAGUUUAGCUGCCCGAGAUCGAGGAGGGACAAGUGAUCCAUACGUGAAGUUUAAAAUUGGAGGAAAAGAAGUUUUUAGAAGUAAAAUAAUACACAAGAACCUCAAUCCUGUGUGGGAGGAGAAAGCUUGCAUUCUUGUUGAACAUCUGAGGGAACCCUUGUAUAUCAAGGUAUUUGACUAUGAUUUUGGACUACAAGAUGACUUUAUGGGCUCGGCGUUUCUGGAUCUCACACAAUUGGAGUUAAACAGGCCCACAGAUGUGACCCUAACAUUGAAAGAUCCCCAUUAUCCUGACCAUUACCUUGGAGUCAUUUUGCUCUCCAUCAUCCUUACCCCUAAAGAAGGAGAACACAGGGAUGUGACAAUGCUAAUGAGGAAGAGCUGGAAAAGAUCAAGUAAGGAUCUCUCAGAAAAUGAAGUGGUUGGAUCUUAUUUCUCUGUGAAGUCUUUCUUUUGGAGGACGUGCGGCAGGCCUGCUCUUCCUGUCCUGGGCUUCUGCAGAGCAGAGCUUCAGAGUACUUAUGACCAAAAUGCACAAUUUCAGACCCAAAGUUUACGUCUAUCAGACGUACACAGAAAAUCACAGCUUUGGAGAGGAAUAGUCAGCAUCACUUUGAUUGAGGGACGAGACCUCAAGGCAAUGGAUUCAAAUGGGUUGAGUGACCCCUAUGUGAAGUUCCGGCUUGGGCAUCAGAAGUAUAAGAGCAAGAUUAUGCCAAAAACCUUGAAUCCUCAGUGGAGGGAACAAUUUGAUUUUCAUCUCUAUGAAGAGAAAGGCGGGAUUAUUGAUAUCACUGCCUGGGACAAAGACGCUGGGAAAAGGGAUGAUUUUAUUGGCAGGAAGGGAUCUGACCAUGGUAAAAGUGACCCAUUUUGUGUAGUUGAACUGAACAAUGAUAGGCUGCUGACACAUACCGUCUACAAAAAUCUUAAUCCCGAGUGGAACAAAAUCUUCACAUUCAACAUUAAAGAUAUCCAUUCAGUUCUUGAGGUGACAGUUUAUGAUGAAGAUCGGGAUCGAAGUGCUGACUUUCUGGGCAAAGUUGCUAUACCAUUGCUGUCUAUUCAAAAUGGUGAACAGAAAGCCUACGUCUUGAAAAACAAGCAGCUGACAGGGCCAACAAAGGGGGUCAUCUAUCUUGAAAUAGAUGUGAUUUUUAAUGCUGUGAAAGCCAGCUUACGAACAUUAAUACCCAAAGAACAGAAGUACAUUGAAGAGGAAAACAGACUCUCUAAACAGCUGCUACUAAGAAACUUUAUCAGAAUGAAGCGUUGUGUCAUGGUGCUCGUAAAUGCUGCAUACUACGUUAAUAGUUGCUUUGAUUGGGAUUCACCCCCAAGGAGCCUCGCUGCUUUUGUG